AUGACGGACCCUUCCCCGCCGCCUUCAGCGUCGCUGCUGCCGCCCGAGGACGACGCCGACCUCGUCAACUUCGCGUCCUCGCUGCUGGACGCCGCCGACGCGGACUCGGAGCUGCCGGAGUCGGCGCUGGAUGCCGCGACGCUUGACGCCGUGCACGCGGCCAUCAACGCGCCGUCGGAACUCGAGUCCGACGAAAUCGGCCCAGGAACCAGCUCAGGACGAGCCGGAGAAGAGGAGAUCAGGGUGCUCAUGUGGUUCCGACGAGACCUGCGUCUGCACGACAACCUGGCGCUCUCCGAGGCGCUGCAGCUGGUCAAGCAGCAAGAGGGGGAGAUGGCGCAGACUACCGGUCACAAGGUGCUGUUCAUCCCGCUGUACAUCGUACACCGCCCCAAGAUCAUGCUGUGCGGCGUCAACCGCUUCCAGUUCAUGCUCGAGAGCGUGUCGGACCUGGCCGACGCCUUGGCGGCGCGCGGCUCGCGUCUUGUCGUGGCGAGAGGAGACGGACUGCAGGUGUUGAGGCGCCUGCUGCCGGCCUGGCGCAUCACGCAUCUCUUCUUCGACGCAGCUAGCGAGCCGUUCGCUAUCGCCCGAGACAACCGCGCGGUGGAUCUGGCCAGGCAUCUGGGCAUCCAGACCCACGUGACACACGGAUAUACGCUGUACGACUUGGAUGCAGUCAUUGCUGGAAACGAAGGAGAGCCGCCAAAGACAUACACGGCCUUCCUCCGCUCGUUGGCCAUGCAGUCCAAGCCUCCGAAGCCGCUUCCGACACCGGAAAAAUUACCGACUCCCACAUGGAUGCCGAGCGAGCUGUAUCAGCAGGUUGUGGACUACUGGAAGGUGCGGAUGAAACCUGAAAAGAUUGCCGGCCCGGAGCAGCAGUUCACGCUGCCAGAGGUGACCGACUUCGGGUACGCAGCCCCCGAGCGUCAUCCCUUUAUCUACGGGGGAGAACAGAUCGCGUUAAGCAUCCUGCGCGACUACUGCCGCAACGAAGGUCGCGUGGUGAAGUUCGAGAAGCCCAAAACGUCCCCAGCGCAGACGACUCCAUCUGCGUCGACCACGUCGUUGAGUCCGUACUUGUACUUCGGUUGCAUCAGUCCCCGUACGUUUCUGCAUCAUGUGCAAUCCAUUCAGGAGCACCACGCGAAAGCACUAUCAGCGACCCCGGUGAGCUUGGACGGUCAGUUGCUCUGGCGGGAGUUCUUCCAUUGCCAUGGCCGCGCCAACCCGUACUUCGACAAGAUGGAGGAGAGCCCCACCUGCCUGCAGAUCGACUGGCGAUGGCAUACUAUCCCAGAGAAGGAGGAAGACUUGACUGAUGACGACAAGCUCGCACGCUCGCAGUUCGAGGCUUGGAAAGAUGGGCGGACGGGCUUCCCGUGGAUCGACGCUAUCAUGAUCCAGUUGAAGGAGGAAGGGUGGAUGCACCACUUGGCCCGGCAUUCUGUUGCGUGCUUCCUUACUCGCGGUGAUCUGUACAUUUCGUGGGUUCGCGGCCUCGAGAUCUUCCAGGAGCGACUCAUUGACCACGACUGGAGCAUCAAUGCUGGCAACUGGCUGUGGCUCAGUAGCAGCUACUUCUUCUCCGCGUACUUCCGCGUGUACUCCCCGUCAACUUUCGGUAAGAAAUGGGACCCUGAAGGCCUAUUCAUUCGGAAGUAUGUGCCGGCGCUAAGCAAGAUGCCAGUCAAGUAUAUCUAUGAGCCGUGGAGGGCGCCCAUGACGGUGCAGCAUGCUGCUGGCUGCCUCAUCGGCAAGGACUACCCGUUCCCCAUUGUAGACCACAAGAUCGCUAUGCGCCGAUGUAUGGCCGGUAUGAAGAAGUCAUACGCCAUCGGACAGUACGGCACCCCACCGGUUCCUAGGCCCCCCACGAGCCCCCGCUUCAAACGUCCGCGUGAAAACUCGGCGAGCUCGUCAGAAACGUCAGAAGACUCGACGCAGUAG